UCCGGUCAAGAGAGGGCUUGACAAAUCAACAAGAGGAGAGAAUGGUAGGCCAGAUUUUUGUAGAUCCACUCACAUUUCUUCGAACAUUAAGUCUAGGAUUAAGACUUUAAUUCAGUACGAUAUGGAUGAAGCUUUGGAUAUCAAAGAAGAAAUCAUCCGAAAUCCAGAGACAAUUACAGUCCAGAAACGAAAUAAGAUAAAUGAGUCUUAAAUUGUGUACCGUUUAUAUAAGAGGAGAUGAUAUUUCAAAAUCUGAGCCCAAAGUACGGGGCUCGAAGAAUCAGAAGUUUCAGGAUUCAAAUACGGAAAUGAAGUACACAUGCACCAAGUGUGCUAGAACCUAUAAACGUAAACAGACUUUGACCUUUCAUUGCAAAUACGAAUGUGGCGUCAUGCCACAAUUCAGUUGUAAAUUGUGCGGCAAACUGUUUAAACGGAAAUAUGACAUGAAUAUUCAUGUCGAUCACGUACAUCACAAGACAAGAUCAAGGAAGUCGGUAUCAAUGCAUAAAUGUGACAUAUGUCCUCGAAGUUACAUUUGGCCGAAUGAUUUAACUCGACAUAAACGUACAGGACAUGGAUCAGUCGUACCACAAUUUUUUUACGAUUCUUGCGAAUAUAAAACGAAUAUGAAAAGAAAUUUGUUAAAACACAUUGCUUCAUCUCAUUUAAAGAUAUCGAAAUCGAGGCAUAAUUGCGACAAAUGUUCUCGAAGUUACAAUACGAUAAGUACUUUAAAUCGGCAUAAACGUUUAGAGCAUGCAAUAGUUAUACCACAAUUUGAUUGUGAUUGGUGCGAGUAUAAAACGGAACGGAAAGAAGAUUUAUCGAAACACAUUAUUUCCCGGCACUUACAGACAUCGGAAACAAGGCAUAGUUGCGACAAAUGUUCGCGAAGUUACAAAUGGCCAUAUGGUUUAAAUCGACAUAAACUUUUAGAACAUGCAGCAGUCAUGCCACAAUUUACUUGCGAUAUUUGCUAUUUCAAAGCUAAACACAAAUAUGUCUUGUCAAAUCAUAUUACUUUAAAACAUGUCAAUAAUUAACGAUUAUUACGCUCGCGAAGCUUCUAUGCUCAGGAGCUUUCUAAUGCUAAUUGAAAAAAACUUUUUUUUUCAUUAGAGUACAUUUUUGCUAUGUUCAGGGAAGGCAGAUUUACUCUGAAUUUAUAACGAUAUAAUCUAUAUUUUUUCAGUGUGGAAUUUGUUACCAUAUGUUGUAUUUAUUUGGAAAUUAAUAGUUAUGGAAGGUAUGGUCAGGACCAUUUUCAGUUAGAUUCACUAACACAUGUUAGUUAUAAUC